GGACUCCGUUUAGUACGUUGCCAGUUUUAGAAGUCGAUGGCCGAGUUAUUGCCCAGCACCAAAGCAUUUGUCGUUAUUUAGCAAGACAACACGGCCUUGCUGGCAAGACCGAAUUGGAGUAUGCUUUUUGCGAUCUGGUCAUGGACGGCUUGUGGCACAUGUUUGCCAAAAUUCGACGAGCUCAAAUCCAUAAACUCAGCAAAGAAGAAAGGAGCUCCAUCAUCAAGACUAUGAUUGCAGAGGACGUGCCACCUUACUUGGAAGGAUACGAGAAAAUGCUGAAGAACAGAAAGGACGAGAAUGAUUACAUUGUUGGAAAAGAGGUUACUUGGUGUGAUAUUGGAUUGACUCUAGCUCUAGCAGCCUUGAAGUACCGUCAUGGGCUCAAUUUGGAACCAUACCCUCAACUAAUAGGUUAUUUAGCGAAGACCAUGGAAUUGCCACCACUGGCAGAAUUUUUAUCGAAGAGAGCUCAAGAAGAAGCUGGUUUAUAAAUUCAUCCUUUUGUUCUUUAUUUCAUGUUUUUAAAGGCUACAAAGUUUCUUGUGUAGUUUAGUUUUAAAACUUUGCUUUGCAAUUGUAUACGCUUGACGUUGAACGUUGCGCCAUCUGUCGAAAUUAUUAGAAUCUAAUUGUGAGGUUUAGUAUUUUUGUAUAAACAUGAGUUUUAGGAUAUUUAA